CUGCCUACGUGGGAGAGAAGGGAGGGUUGGGGGAAGUGGAAAACCUGAACCCAAGCCGCUGCUGCCUGAGGAAGAUUUAGUGGGAGGAGAAGUAGAGGGAAAUACACAGGCGGAGGGUAAGGUGAGGAGGGCAUCUGGGUCGCUGCUGCCGGGCGGCACAAAGUUCGCGAUGUGGUUGAAGCCUGAGGAAGUGCUCCUGAAAAAUGCGCUGAAGCUGUGGCUGAUGGAAAGAUCCAAUGACUACUUCGUGCUGCAGCGGCGUCGGGGCUACGGUGAGGAAGGCGGCGGGGGUCUCACAGGACUCCUAGUUGGGACUCUUGAUUCAGUUUUAGACUCUACUGCUAAAGUUGCUCCAUUUCGCAUCCUACACCAGACACCAGAUUCUCAAGUUUACCUGUCAAUUGCAUGUGGAGCCAACAGAGAGGAAAUAACCAAACAUUGGGAUUGGUUGGAACAAAAUAUCAUGAAGACCUUAUCUGUGUUUGAUUCAAAUGAAGAUAUUACUAAUUUUGUACAAGGAAAGAUAAGAGGAUUGAUUGCUGAAGAGGGAAAACAUUCUUUUGCAAAAGAAGAUGAUCCUGAGAAAUUUCGAGAAACCCUUUUGAAAUUUGAAAAAUGUUUUGGUUUACCAGAGCAGGAGAAGUUAGUGACCUAUUACUCAUGCAGUUAUUGGAAAGGACGGGUUCCUUGUCAGGGUUGGCUCUAUCUUAGCACCAACUUUCUGAGCUUCUAUUCUUUUCUGUUGGGAUCAGAAAUAAAACUCAUUAUCUCCUGGGAUGCAGUCUCAAAACUUGAAAAGACUUCAAAUGUUAUACUAACAGAGAGUAUUCAUGUGUGUUCCCAAGGGGAGAAUCACUACUUUUCAAUGUUUUUGCAUAUUAAUGAAACAUACCUUCUUAUGGAACAGCUGGCAAACUAUGCUAUAAAGAGACUUUUUGAUAAGGAAACUUUUGCUAAUGACCCAAUCCUUGAUGAUCCUCUACAAAUCACCAAGAGAGGUUUGGAAAAUCGAGCCCACAGUGAGCAGUUCAGUGCUUUUUUUAGGCUCCCCAAAGAAGAGACUUUGAAAGAAGUACAUGAAUGUUUCUUAUGGGUACCAUUCAGCCACUUUAAUACUCAUGGAAAAAUGUGUAUCUCAGAAAACUAUAUCUGCUUUGCUAGCCAGGAUGGCAAUCAACAUAGUGUAAUCAUUCCAUUACGAGAGGUCUUAGCUAUAGAUAAGCCAAAUGAUUCCAGCAAAUCUGUCAUCAUUAGCAUCAAAGGAAAAAUGGCUUUUCGCUUCAGUGAAGUUAAAGAUUUUGAGCAGCUGGUGACAAAACUCAGACUCAAGUGUGGGGCAGCUUCAAGUCAGUAUCACGAUAUUAGCACAGAGGUUCCUAUUAGCUCUGAGUCUACAGAUCCAUCUGAUAAUACUGAGGUACAAUCUUUGACAUGUCAGAGAGAAUGCAGUAAAACUGUGAACACCGAAGCCUUAAUGACAGUAUUUCACCCUCAGAAUUUGGAGACUCUUAAUUCCAAAAUGUUGAAAGAAAAGAUGAAGGAACAGUCAUGGAACAUUCUAUUUACAGAAUGUGGGCGUGGUGUUAGCAUGUUUCGGACCAAAAAGACUCGAGAUCUGGUUGUAAGAGGGAUUCCAGAGACCUUAAGAGGAGAGCUCUGGAUGCUUUUUUCAGGUGCUGUUAAUGACAUGGCUGCUAAUCCUGGCUAUUAUGCUGAAAUGGUUGAGCAGUCCUUAGGGACCUGCAACUUGGCUACUGAAGAAAUUGAACGUGAUUUGCGUCGCUCCCUGCCUGAACACCCAGCCUUUCAGAGUGACACUGGCAUAUCUGCUCUGAGGCGGGUACUCACUGCUUAUGCAUACAGGAAUCCCAAAAUUGGAUACUGCCAGGCGAUGAACAUCUUAACUUCAGUGCUGCUUCUGUAUGCAAAAGAGGAAGAAGCUUUUUGGCUUCUGGUUGCUGUGUGUGAACGAAUGUUGCCUGAUUAUUUUAACCGUCGAAUCAUUGGUGCCUUGGUGGAUCAGGCAGUUUUUGAAGAACUUAUCAGGGAUCACCUUCCCCAGCUGACAGAACACAUGACCGAUAUGACAUUCUUUUCCUCAGUUUCUCUCUCAUGGUUCCUCACACUUUUUAUUAGUGUGCUGCCUAUUGAAAGUGCUGUGAAUGUGGUGGACUGCUUCUUCUAUGAUGGAAUAAAGGCUAUUUUACAGCUGGGAUUGGCAAUACUUGACUAUAAUUUGGACAAACUGCUCACAUGUAAAGAUGAUGCUGAAGCCGUGACAGCUUUAAACAGGUUCUUUGACAAUGUCACUAAUAAGGAUAGCCCAUUGCCUUCAAGUGUUCAGCAGGGUUCAAAUGUGAGUGAUGAAAAAAGCAGUCAUAUGAAAGUGGAUAUUACAGAUUUGAUUAGAGAGUCAAAUGAGAAAUAUGGUAAUAUUCGCUAUGAAGAUAUACACAGCAUGCGCUGUCGAAGUAGGUUAUAUGUCAUACAGACCCUAGAGGAAACGACAAAGCAAAAUGUGCUGCGUGUUGUAUCACAAGAUGUGAAAUUGAGCCUUCAUGAAUUGGAUGAACUUUAUGUCAUCUUUAAGAAAGAGCUGUUUUUUUCUUAUUAUUGGUGCUUGAGUUGUCCAGUAUUGAAGUACCAUGACCCCAGUCUGCCAUAUUUGGAACAGUAUCAGAUUGACUGCCAGCAGUUCAGAGUGUUAUAUCACUUGUUGAGUCCCUGGGCUCAUUCUGCAAACAAAGAUUCACUAGCCUUAUGGACAUUCAGAUUAUUGGAUGAAAACUCUGACUGCCUUAUAAACUUCAAAGAAUUCUCCUCUGCAAUUGAUAUAAUGUACAAUGGAAGUUUCACUGAGAAACUUAAGCUGCUUUUUAAGUUGCAUAUUCCUCCAGCUUAUACUGAAGUGAAAUCUAAGGACCCUUCACAAGGAGAUGAACUUUCCAAGGAAGAAUUACUUUAUUUCAGUCAGCUCCAUGUUUCCAAGCCUACAAAUGUGAAGGAAGCAGAAUCACUAAAAAACAGCCCAGAAAAAGGCAAAGGAAAAGUUGAUAUUCAAGCAUAUCUAAGUCAAUGGCAAGAUGAGCUUUCCAAAAAAGAAGAAAACAUUAAGGAUUUACCAAGAAUGAAUCAGUCACAAUUCAUUCAGUUUUCAAAGACUCUAUAUAACUUAUUUCAUGGGGACCCUGAAGAAGAGUCGCUGUAUCAAGCCAUUGCUGUUGUAACCAGCCUUUUGCUCAGGAUGGAAGAAGUUGGAAGGAAACUACAUAGCCCUACAGCAUCAGCCAAAGAAUUCUCUGGUACAGUCUGUGCUUCUGGAGGACCCAGUGAGGGGAAAACAGAGAGCCACUUGAAGAAAGAUCCCUCCUCUUUGAGGGAAGAACCUCAGUGGUCAUUUGCAUUUGAACAGAUUCUUGCGUCUUUGUUGAAUGAACCAGCAUUGGUGAGGUUUUUUGAGAAACCCAUAGAUGUAAAAGUGAAACUAGAAAAUGCAAAAACCUCUCAGUUAAGCUGUAGAACCAAGAUGUAAAUCUCUUAACAGGAAUUGCCUAUUAUAGACAAGUUUACUGAGAUUCCUAUAGCUGUCAGUUUGAUUCUUGGGAAUAGGGAUCAGGGAUUUAUCUUGUUACCGGUGUGUUUGAAGGUU